AUGCAGCCCCCCCUCAUCCGCUCCAAGACCAAUGGCCAUACAGGUAAUGGCCAUAACGUCCACAAUGCCCACAAACCCGAAAUCCCCAUCAGCUACGACAUCAACAUCCCCUACGUCGACGUCAACAAGCUCUCCCACAUCAACACCCCAUAUCCACAAUACCUUCCCACCUGGGAUCCGAUCUGGUUCGACCCCCUCCCGCCCUUCGACUACCUCGAUCCAGCCCUGCGUGUCAAAGACCCAUCCAUGCGCAACCUGCUCACCCCAGACGUGACCGUCAACCACAUCCAACCCAGCAUCGGCUCCGUCGUCGAGGGCGUCCAGCUAAACCGCCUCUCCGACGCGGCAAAGGAUGAACUCGCCCUGCUCAUUUCCCAGCGCAAAGUGGUCGCAUUCCCAGACCAGGAUCUGAUUGAUGAUGGUCCCGCUGCGCAGGAGUCGUUUAUGCGGUAUUUUGGUAAACCCAAUUACCAGCCUGUCUCGGGAACCGUGCGCAAUCACCCUGCCUUUCAUGUGAUUCAUCGCGAUGGGAAUCGUGAGGAAAUCGCUCGCUUCUUGGAACAGCGUACUACGACUACCCUCUGGCAUCAGGAUGUUAGUUACGAGAUCCAGCCGCCCGGGUAUGUCAUGUUGGGUCUUUUGCAGGGUCCUGAAGUCGGCGGUGAUACCGUCUUUGCGGCGACCGAUAUGGCGUAUAAGCGGUUAUCGCCUACGUUGCGCUCGUUCCUGGAUACGUUGAAAUGUGUGCAUUCGUCUGCGAGAAUGAUUGCGCAUACGAGGUUGACGGGUGGUUUGGUGCGGAAGGAUCCCGUUGAUACCCUGCACCCGUUGAUUCGCGUGCAUCCUGUUACCGGGGAGAAGUGCCUGUUUUUGAAUGCUGAGUUUAUUACCAAGAUUCAGGGCAUGAAGGAGCCGGAGGUCAAGUGGAUGUUGGACUUUUUGAUGAAUCAUAUUAUUACGGGCCAUGAUUUCCAGGCGAGAGUCCGUUGGCAGCCUCGGACUAUCGUUAUGUUUGAUAAUCGGUCUACUACUCACUCUGCGAUCGUCGAUUAUCUCGAUGAUGAAUACGGCGCCAAGGCCCGGCAUAUCUUCCGGCUGUGUGCCCUGGGCGAAAAGCCUAUCCCCGUGGACGAGUUUGAGUAA